CUUCAACAGUUUCAGGAAGUGGGGCAGUGUCACCAAAAUCAGGAAACUAAGUGCUGCUAUUAAUACGGCUGAGCAAAAAGGGUAGAGCUGGAGAAAGCUCAUGUCGUCUCAGUUGAACAGUUACAGAGUUUACCGAGUUUCGGUAAACUUGAGCACAUAAACGGACAUAUUUGGACAAACGAUGCUCCUUAUGGGCUGAUUUUUGACUAAUUUGAGGCCUCGCAAUCAUGGAAGAAUCUGUCUCAAAUACUGAAUCAGCAGAUUCCAAAUGUCUUUCAGAACAUGAACUUUUAAUCCUGCACACAGCAGAGGCACAGGAAUGGGCAACAUAUUUGCAGCAGAUCUUGAAAUCUUCUCUAAAAUUCCGGAAAAGGUCUAUUUUGCUGUACGCACUGGACCCAGCUCAUCAGCUCCAUGGAUAUGAUUUUGACAACUUCCAAAGUUGUAAGUGCAUUGUGCUGCUGCUCACGGGAGCGUUCCUGGACAAGCUCUACGAACCUGACCUGCAGGGGGCGCUGCACACGCUCCUUUUCCCGCCACACAGAGUGGUGGCACUGCUGUGCGGCAUCUCAGAGGACGACGUACCCACAGAGAGUUUCAACGGCUGGCAGAGCUGGAGAAAAGUCUGUGCUGAUGAUGAGCCUGCCAUCUACCUCACCACCAUUCUGGAGUCUAUUGCUGACAGCAAACGACUCAAGGCUGAACAUGAAAGCAAAGUUGCACCAGAGUUGCACGUCCCAGCCCCAACUGAAAAUCCCACCAAUGAUAAAACAGAGGAAGUGGUGACAGAGCUGCAAAAACAAACUGUCCAAAAUGAUGAAGACCCCGUGAGCACGUGGAAUUCAGCGAGUGAGGAAUCUUCUCACCUCACCUGUCUCACUGUUCAACCAAACAAAGUUCUCUGCGGGGAACAGGAGACAUUGUUCAUCAUUUUCAAACAGAAAAUAGAUCGUCAGUUAAUACCAGAGGUGGAGUUUUCAUCUGAAAGUGGAACUACAAAACGGUUUCCAGGCACCGUUGAGAAUGAAUACACUUUAAGUGUUGCUGCACCUGACAUGCCUGCUGGAGUGGUCUCACUCACUAUGUACACUGACCGUUCUUGUGUCAGCUUGAAGCCUGUUAGAUAUUAUACCAGUAUGGUUGAAGUCAGUCGGUUAAUUGAGAAUGCCACUGAUCCUGUUAACUUCAUCUGUCAGGCCUUCAACUUCACAAGCAAUAUGACAGAAUCAGUAGACAACACAUUAACUGACUCAUUUAAAUCCAGAAUGCCUGAAACUGGUCUUCACUUGUUUGGAAUCAGACAGCUUGAAGAAAACAAUAUGGGGGCAUAUCAGCGUGAUGUGGAGCUUCCCACACUGCUCCACUUUGCUGCCAAGUACGGCCUGAAAAAGCUGACCACCAUUCUCCUCAGAUGUCCCGGAGCUCUGCAGGCUUACAGUGUGAUGAACAAGUAUGGAGACUACCCAAACAAGCUGGCAGAAAAGAGCGGCUUCUUAGAUCUCAGACAGUACAUGGAUGAAUUUGUUGAGACGGCCGACAUGCUCAGGUCUCACUUUGAGGACACUGAGAACAGUGAAGAGGUGUAUGAACCCAUGUCAACUGCAUCUCAAGACAUCAUGAUGAAGUACUCAGGUUGUUCAGAGGACAUAUAUGAGUCAAUGCUGGCAAUGAACCCUGAAUGUGCAGAGGACCUCUAUGAGGUGAUGAAUGCAGUUGAUGAGUAUCCCGAGGAAGCUCUUCUUAGGACAUUUUUCAAAGCAAAACCUCACUGCAGUCAACUCCAGGACAACAGUGAGCAGCCAAAAGGUCAAGAAAAAGAAAAGGAUGAGGAAGAAGAGGAGGAUCCUUACAACAUCUUCCUAGAGGAUAUCUAUGAUAUUGUGGAUACAAAUAGUACAUAUAACCCAGGAAUUCAGAAUCGUCCACCAGCUCCAAUCCCAAGACAUGAAGGUGGGCCUGACCCUGAGCCGGAGCCUGAGCCUGAGCCAAAAACAACUUUUACCUACAUCUCUAGAGUUUUUUCAGAAAAAAGUACAUCCCAGCAUGCAACAAUGGCAACUGGAUAUCCUGCAGUGCGGCCUGUCGUGGACAUCCCAGCAUCUGUUCAUGAUCCCUAUGCUGGGAUGAAGACCCCUGGACAGAGGCAGCUCAUAUCCCUUCAGGAGAGGGUGAAAGUGGGGGAAAUAACUGUGAAUGAAGCCGUCCAAGAGUUCAAGGCAUGGCAAUUUGACCAUGAAGGGAGGGCACAUUCCAUACGCUAUCAGCAGGAAAAUCUGAAAAAAUUACGAGAUAGCAUCACAAGGCGCCACAAGGAGCGAGAGAAGACAGGAAAGGAGCUUGAUUAUGAGAUAAGUGCUCCGCUGCAGAGGAACUCCAGUGCCACUUUCGAGUGUGCAGUGUAUGAGUCAGGACCCAGAGUGGUGGCUCAGCCCCCUCCUGUCACUCAUCCUAUUCAGAGAGGAGCUUGGAAGACAGGUAGCACAUCCAGCACAUCCAGUACUGAAAGCAACAGACUUAGCACUCACAGUGCCUUCAGCUGCAGCAGUGGCACAGAGCCUGAUCUAGAGGACACAUUAGAAAAUGUUCCACCUCUUCCACCACCACCACGGCAUUUGCGGCAAUCUGAUGCUACAGCCAUCAUUCCUCCACCCAGGAUUCCUCCACGAAUCCCAGACAGAGUGCCAGAUAAGGCGUUGCACGAGCGCUACAUAGCGUUCCCCACACGAGCACUUCCUCAAAUACCCUCUAACAGACCAUCAGGCUCAGUGCCACCGCCUCCUGUACCUCGCCGUCUACGGUGAUCAUCACAUGUUCACCUUUGCUGGGUUGUGUUAAAGGUUAUUUUCUUGGAUGUGACAUCUGUAAGCAAUUUAAAGAAAAUAAUCCACGCAAAGAGAUGGGCGUUUGUAUUUUUGUUAU